AUGUCAACGCCGGAGACGGAGGAAGAACCACGCGAGCUGCUCAUUCUUUACGCCACGGAGACAGGAAACGCGCAAGAUGCGGCAGACUACAUUGCACGGCAAUGCAGAAGGAUAGAUUUUGACUGCCAUGUCGCCAGCAUCGAGCAAUGUUCUUUUACAGAUCUACUGGCGCAAGAACUUGUGCUCUUUGUUAUAUCCACUACUGGAUCUGGCGUUGAACCUCGCUCCAUGACUACCUUCUGGAACAACCUCCUCCGCUCCGACCUUCCACCAAAUGCCUUCGAAGACCUGUAUUAUUCUGUAUUUGGCCUGGGUGACUCUGCAUACGAGAAAUUCUGCUGGGCAGCUAAGAAACUCUCUCGGCGGAUGGAGUCUCUGGGUGGUGUACAGAUUCAGGAGCGCGGAGAGGGAGACGAGCAGCAUCCACUAGGAAUAGACGGUGCACUCAAGCCUUGGACGGAUGAAGUUAUCGAAGCGCUUCUAGAGAUGUUUCCUUUACCUCGUGACAUAGAGAUGAUCCCUGUGAGCGACAUACCGCCAGCCCGCGUUCAAUUAAACCCCGCCUCGCAAGAAACAUUCGAGAAAGCGCAAGAACCUCUCAAGACCGAUUUGACUUACCACACAGCCACCGUAAAAGCCAACACCCGGAUGACAGCCUCGGAUUGGAAUCAAGAUGUGCGACGCUUCGAGUUUUCUUUUGAGGAAGACAUCAGCUAUUCUCCAGGAGAUGUUGCCGUUAUACACCCUUCGAUGUCGACUAAAGAUAUAGACGGAUUCUUGGCAACUAUGGAAUGGGACGAAGAGGCGGAUGAGCCGUUCGAGAUUGAGCAGAUAAUGUUCGAUCAGACGCUGUCCGAUCAUCUCCCUCAUACCACGACUCUGCGAGAGCUCUUCACCCGUUUCCUGGACUUCAACGCCGUUCCUCGUCGGACCUUCUUCCAGUAUCUCCGGUAUUUCACAGAUGAUGACCUGGAGAAAGAAAAGUUGGAUGAGUUCCUCUCUCCCGAAGGCGCUGACGAGCUAUACGAAUACUGCUAUCGCGUUCGCCGGACUAUCUGGGAGGUUUUGACCGAGUUUAGACACGUAGCGAUUCCACGAGAUUAUAUCUUCGACGUAUUUCCUCCGCUAAGGCCGCGAGAGUUUUCCAUUGCAAGUUCAAUAAAAAAACACCCUCGGGAGAUACAUCUCUGUGUGGCCAUCGUCAAGUAUCGGACAAAGUUGAAGAUUCCACGGAAAGGUGUUUGUACUACCUUCCUCUCGACUCUCAACCCAGGCGACACCCUGCAGAUAGGGCUCAAGAAAGGAAUGAUUGAGCUUCCUCCCAAAGCCAAGACGCCAGUUAUUUGCGUCGGCCCAGGGACGGGAAUCGCCCCAAUGAGGGCCGUGAUUGAAGAACGAAUAGAGAGCGGUGCGCUUUCGAAUACACUCUACUUUGGCUGCCGUUCUACCUCAAAGGACCACCACUUCGGCGAGGAGUGGAAGAAGUACGCCGAAGAAAAAGGAUUGGUAUACCGGGCGGCCUUCUCUCGUGACGGAAAAGAAGGGGAGAAGAGGGUGUAUGUCCAGGACUUGAUACGAGAGGACGCGGAGAGAAUAUGGAAGCUCGUCGGGGAGCAAGAGGGCUGGGUGUUCAUCUCAGGGUCGUCCAACAAGAUGCCCGCUGCGGUGAAGGAGUCGAUUGUUUUUGCAGUUCAGAAGUAUGGGGAGUACUCGGAGGAGCUGGCGAAGCAGUACGUCCACGAUAUGGUGCGGGAAGGGAGGCUGAUAGAGGAAUGCUGGAGCUGA